AUGGGCCCUGUGGGCGCUGCUAAUCAUCACGCGGAGCGCUGGCGGCCGCGCGUCAAGUGGCGGCUCUUGACGUUACUCUGGCUUUUCCACACCACAUCCGCUCUUUCUUGCCUCACCUGCGUGCCCACGCCCGACUCGUCGCAGCUCGACCGUUUUCGCGUCACAACUCGAUUAAACAAACCGUUCUGCCCGCUUGAGCCCAUGCAAUGUGAUCGGGAUCAAGAUGUUUGCGUCACGAUCACGAUGCAUAUCGGACACGGCGAGUACUGGAUCGGGUCGGGUUGCGAUCGACGGACAAAUUUCCCACAGCUCUCCUGCCACAACGUGCGAACAUUGACGCGGAAUGUGCAAGUCGGCAACUACGUCCAAGAGCAGCGCCGACUUCAACGGGUCUGUGUCUGCGCUCGAGACCUCUGCAACGCCGGCUGGCGCUCAACCACGCUUCACUUAUCAAUGGCCGCCUUUCUGCUCGUCUUUCACAUGAUCAUCAGA